UCCGCUCUCCCUUCUCCUACCGGCGCAUCCGAGGGACCCCUAGUCCCGUGGGCCACCUGAACCUGGACACCAUGGACCCUACUUGUACCCUCGGGCUGUUGUUCCUGCAGUUACUCUUGAUGGAAACAGCGCCUGGCAUUGCUGCUCAGGAGCCGCUAGGAAACAACGCGGAGAUCUGCCUCCUGCCACCGGAGGUGGGGCCCUGCCGCGCGUGGAUCCCCAGUUUUUACUACAACAGGUACACUCAGAGCUGCAGCCAGUUCGUGUAUGGGGGCUGCGAGGGCAACGCCAACAACUUCGAAACCAAGGAGGCCUGCGAGGAAGCCUGCUGGAGGAUAGAGAGAGUUCCCAAAAUUUGCCGUUUGGACAUAAGUGACGGGCAUUGCGGGGAGCCCAGAGGAGACUAUUUCUUCAAUCUAAGUUCCAUGGCAUGUGAAAAAUUCAUGUCUGGCGGGUGUCAGCGCAGCGGAAACCAGUUCCCAGAUGAAGCUACUUGCAGGGACUUCUGUACACCAAGAAAACGUCCAUCAUAUUGCUACAGUCCAAAAGAUGAGGGACUAUGCUCUGCUAACGUCACACGCUAUCAUUUUAACCCAAGACACAAAACCUGUGAGGCCUUCACGUAUACUGGCUGUGGAGGGAACGACAAUAACUUUGUUAGCAUGAAGGACUGCAAACGUGUUUGCGUGAAAGCCUUGGGGAAGAAGAUAGAUAAGAAGAUACCAAAGUUUUUCUUUCCUGAUAGAAGAAUGAAACUUCAGAAGAAACAGUUAUAACCUUUUUUUAAUUUUUUUUUUGGCAUGUCAUCUUGUGAAUGCUAUUAUUGCCUUAUGGUUAUACCUCAAGAAUAAUAUGGUAGGAUGAGUAAAUAAAUCAUUAGUGAUUUAUUCACCAGUUUUUAUUGAUCAAAGUUUCUUCUAAGAAAAUUUUGCACAUAAGUAGCUGCUACUCAAAUGUGAAUCUGUUAUUUUUAAUUUACCAUUUAACAAUUUCUAUGAGAUUGAGUUCUUGUUCUGCAUAAAACAAAGAAAACAAAUGUGACUCACCCAGUUCUUGGGGUUGCUGUCCUGAUUUCAGGCAGUGAUAGUAACUGAAAAACAUAACAUAAUCAUGUUCUUUUGACACAUAUGUUCAUAAAAAGGACCAGCAAAUACAUUUUAUUUUGCAUUUAAAAGUUGGAUUAUAUUUUAGACCCAAGGUGACAAACUUGCAGAUUAACCAAUAGUUUAAAAAUAUAUUGUGAGUGCUAUAUUAU